GUCACUUCCGAGAAGGGCAGGCGCGGGCUGAGGGUUGGAGCCGGUGUUCCGCCAUCGCGGCGCUGCCGGCUCCGGGCCGCGCCGGGUUCGCUCUGUCCCGGUUCGGGUCCGUUCUCCCCGCGCUCUCCGGCCUCCCGGGAACCCGCUGUGUGGCAACAGAAACGCGUUUCGCCCCCCGGAGGGUGCGGACGGGGUUCGUGUGUCGCCCCUGGUGGUGGUUGCGGUGUAGGCCUCGGCUCCAUGGAUCCGUUUUUGGUGCUGCUGCACUCUUUCUCCUCGAGUCUGUCGGAAGAUAAUCUCUCUUCCCUCAAGUUCCUCCUGAGGGACAAGAUUGGGAAAAGGAAGCUUGAAGCAGCCAAAAGCGGAGGGGAGCUCUUCAACAUCCUCCUCGAGCAGCAGGAGAUCUCAAGGCACAACACGUCGUUUCUUGAAAGCAUUUUUAAGUCUAUUAAAAGAGAAGAUCUGCUCAAACAACUAGAGCAGUUCGUAGAGGACGGAGAAGUUGAUGAUGAUCAACCAGAUGCGCAUGAAAAACGUCUUCAGAACGCAGCUUUUGAAGUCAUCUGUGAAAAUGUCGGGAGAAACUGGAAGAUGCUGGUGCGAAAACUCGGCCUUUCUGAAGUGAAAAUUGACAGAAUAGUGGCAGCCAAUCCAUUUAACUUGCAUGAACAGUUGCUUCAGUCCCUGCGAGCGUGGCAGAAAUGGAAGGGAAAAGAUGCAAAGGUGACUGACUUAAUAAAAGCCCUUCGGGGCUGCAGUAUGAAUUUGGUGGCAGACAUAGUUGAAAAGAAGCUCUCGCUACUGGACGCUGGAACCAGCUGACAUCAAUAUAAAAGCAAUCCCACAUCCCGCAGAUUAGAUGGGAAAAGUACCAGUGCCUUCCACUCUUCUGAACCAAAAUUAGUAUCGUUGGUUCAGUUACUUUUUCUGUCAUUAAUUUACAUGCCUUAAUAUGUUGAUUUGUGGUCAGAUGAAGAUUAAUGUAAAACCAAGUAACUUUGAGGUAGUGCUUUGUAGUUUUAUGCUUCCUUUAAGAGAUUUGAACUUUCACAAGACCUAAACUCUGUAUGUUGUGGAAAUUCUCACACUUUUGUUCUACCACUCACCUGAAAACAAGAUUUGCUUUACUGCUGGUAAUUGUCAGAUACAUCUUCUCUGAAAAUACAUCCAUGGGACACUUCUGAGGCAGCUGUAAUUAAAAUUUCAUGGGGAGGUUGGUUAAUUUUGUGGCCUAUUAUAACUAUAGUAUGAAAAGGGGAAAGAAUAGCUUAGCUCUGUGUUGGGUUUUCUCUUUAAGUAGCAUAAGAUUCUGUCUACCAUAAUUUGUCAAAUACAUUUGCUCUUUGUAAAAGGAUACGAAGAUGUAACCUCUGGCUCCAAAACUGCAGUGUGAGAAGGGUAGGAACUAUUGUAGUGGCAUUUUAUUGGCAGAAAAUGGUUGAAAAUUAACUAGUUGGAAUCAAAUGUCUGCAUCAAGUGCCUGCCUUCAUCCUGGAGGAAAUGUUCUCCUGAAACUAUGAAAGAAAUUGUGUGUGUGUCUCACAGAUCUUUACAGCAGCCUCUUUUUAUUGCUGUCAGUGUAAGAUUUUUUACUAGGAAUCCUUUCAGAACCUGUAUCACAGAUGUCUGUAUCACAGCCAUGUCUGCUGGAAGUUGCAGCUUACCUCGUAAGUAUCUGCAGUUGUCUGUGCUCUUAGUAACAAAGCUGUGUACUGUAACAGCCUAGAAAACAAACUGGGUUUAGUGGAGGGGUGUGAAAGCCUCCUGAGAGCAGAUAUAUAAUACUAACUUUUCUCUAGUGGUAGCCCUUGAAGAUCAGGUGCCUUUCACCACAGUUUGGUCUCUUCAGAAGUCGCUCCAGAUCCAACACCUCUUCCAAAUCCUCUGCAGUUGUUUAGGUCAUUCCUGUGCCUUGAUAUUUUUUGAAAGUGGUUGUGAGCAACUCGCAGAGCAACAAGGGUGUGAAUGAGACCAGAUUCAGCUUUAGUUUGGAACAGACUUCAAAAGAUGGCCUUCAUGCCUAACCUAAGGCUGGAAAAGUUGCACAAGCUUCAAGACAUACAGGGCUAUAGGGGCCUCUGAGGAGUAUUCCCUAUAUGAGGGUAGAAGUCCUCUGAAAUCGUUAUUGUUUGAAGGAGUAGGAUUGUUUGUUACUGCAGACAUCCUUCUAACUACAUAAAUAGAUGCUGGGAGAGGAGAGGCUCCUUUUUUGCUACUGUACUGUGACUUUGAGCUCCUUUCAGUUUUACAUGGUGCCCUUACUGUGAAGGCCAGGUGUCAGCAUGUAAUGUACCACUGCUCUGAAUAAAUGCUGUGACAUUGAUAACUUUCAAGUUUUUGUUGCAGUUGGUGCCCCUGGUUUAGACGAUGACACCUAAAUGCAUGAUCAUAGUUAAUGGAAAGUGCUGUAAUGUGAACUUACCAUUUCAGUAAGUUUUUUCCUUAAAUGAUUCUCAGAAGUGUUUUUCUAAUCAUAGUAUAUUAAAUAUCAGUGAUCGUAUCCAUGCAAAGAAGCGAUGGGUAAUAUAGAAGUUCCCAUUUCUCUGCUGCUUGGGCAGGUACAGUCCUCUAAGUACUUGCUCCAACAGUUGUGUCAGUUGUCAGCUCCAGACUUCCAAUAGGAGCUCCAAUGCUGCACUUCCCCUAAAUAACCAGCUCAGAUGUUUUGGAGGGUUUUAUUUAAUAGAUGCAGUCUUCAUUCUACAGUAUUUUAUUUAAUAGAUGCAGUCUUCAUUCUACAGUAUUUAAAGAAAAUUACUGCUUUAGCCUUUUUCACUUUAUGCUUCUAAGCAACCUGUGUGAGCAGAGUGGAGUAGAAGUGAAGUUAGCAAGAGGAGUUAUGUUUGUGGUGAGACAGCUCUGCAACAGUUCCAACUUCAAUCUGGCCCAUAACAUGGUUUUCCUGUCCACUUGUACUAAGUAGUGUGGUUCUCUGAAGAUAGAUUUAUCUGGAAUAUGAACAGAAGUAUAUUGCCUGCUGCAUAUAACCAAGGUAUUUUAAGAAUCAGUAGGAAUAACUUGUAGCGAAGUGAUUGUCAGCUGUAAGAAAUACUCUUCCUCAUAAGAUAAAAUCCCUCGUUUCUUUAAGGAUUUGUACAUUGUGGAUGUGUUAGUGCGUAUGAAAGCAAUGAUCUAGACUGCAUCAAUGCAUGCAGUACCUCAGGGCCAAUUAAAACUGGUUUAAUUAGAGAUUAAAAACUUAAUGAUAUGGGGAAAAUAUCAAAUGGAAUGAGUGGAACAAAAACUUUUCGUUGGGAGGAGGGGUAAGGGAAAAGGUUGGAUUUGUAAGGAGAUGUGCUGUGAUCCAGGGAGUGAGCUUUUAUCUUCCAACAAAGCUUUUUGAACUCACAUCUUAUUUUUAUAACUUUUAAUUCCAAGUUUUCUAUUGUAUCACUCUGUGCACAUUUCAUUAAAAAAUACUUCCUUAAAACCA